AUGACCACCACCACCAGCAACAGCAACAACAAUACUCAUAUUGCUACAUUUCUUUACUUGGCAAUCGCUUCUGCUCUCUCUUGUAUACCAGCAUUAGCAGGCUUUUACGCGCAAUGGCGUGGUUACCGCUGGCUCGGUUUCUUUUGUUACGGCCUCACCAUCCUCUCGUUCGUUCUCUUCCUCAUUCUUCUUGUGGGAUUCAAGCUCUUACGUCGUGGAACACCAUUCCUCCUUCGUUUUCUCGAUCGUCUUAACCAUGUCCUGGCUCCCAUUGUCUCACGCAUUGCAAAGACUUCGUUUGUCGGUCCUGCUAUUGGUAUGGUUGUCAGGGCCAAUUUCUUUGUAUGGUUCCUGGUGUUGCUUAUGAGCGAUCAAUUGGUGCGUGCUCUUCUCACUCGUAUCGUUGGUCCACAUUCGAGUCAGAGUAACUAUUCCAUUGUUAAUGCGGUGGAUCCUCAAUUCGCCUUGAUCGACAACUCACUCGAUAAGCUAUUUGGAGUCAGCAAUGGCUAUUCACUUGCCAAAGCAUACACCCUUGCUGUCGCUAGCAAGCUCGCCUAUGAAGAAGUCAACAUCAUCAAGCAUGAGUUGGAGAAGGAUGGCUUUGAUGUGGCAAACAGCUUUUUGCCAUUGGCAUACAAGAAUAUUUGCGCUUACAUUGUUGAACGUGAAGAUGAUAUCUUUUUGAUCUUUCGAGGAACAAGCCCAUUGAAUAUCCAGAACUUUGUCACUGAUUUCAACAUUGGAAUGAUGGAUGUGAGGACGCCUUCAGGUGUUUCCAUGGGAAAAGUGCAUCGUGGAUUUUGGGAAGCCAUGGGUGAAUCUUGCCCUGCACCAGCACAGAGGAAUACGACCUUGCAAGUACAACUCAACUCUGCAUCCUUGUAUCGCACCAUCACAUCGACUAUGCAGGCUGCAGCUGAAAUCGGCAAAUUCGCUAUCGAUCAAUUACUGCACCAUGUAUCAGAUCCGAUCGAUAAUAGCUGGAUUGGUUAUGACAUUGACAUACGGCACCACAGCAUGUAUGCACAAGCUGAAGGAUGGAUCAUGGAAUUGAUUAAUCGACAUCAAGAAUCUAUCGCAAAGAAGCGAUUUUAUGUGGGCGGUCAUUCAUUGGGAGGUGCUUUGGGAACGAUCUUUGUUGCCAAAAUGAUCCAAUCUGAAAGUCCUUUGUUGAGACACUUUGCUGGCAUGUACACUUUUGGUCAACCCAAGGUAGGCGACGCCGAGUUCUCUCGCGCAUUUUAUCCCGAGAUUUCGAGCAAGAUCUUCCAUCACGCAUACAACAACGAUAUUGUAGCUCGUGUGCCUCCAUGGUUCUACAACUACGAAACACCCCCUGGCACGCUUGUAUUUAUCGACUCAGCUCAUCAAAUGACAUUAUACCCACCCGAUCCACGUACCAAUGAGCCUACUCCAGUUCGCCCUAUUUCUUAUAUACAUUUGUCUGGUUUGCUCAACAGCAACGUCAUUCGUCGGCUGGCCCACGAAUCUUGGCUACGCGUGCUAUUCCGCCUUUUAUUUCCAUUCUUCUUGAACGACCAUUUCCCAUCCGAUUAUUGUGCCGGUAUCCGACAAGGUCUUCUCAACAAGGACGUAGCAAUAGGACAAGAAGUAUGGGAUAAACACAAAUUGGAUGAGGAAGGUGCCGUAGGAACAACAAUGAUCCCUAUGGGUAUUACCAAGACUACUAGACGGCAUUAUGCAUCUUAG